AGCAUGGCUUUUUAUUGCAGACGUUUCCUCUUCAGAAUGUUGCUGUACUUUCUGGGGUUUUGCAGGACUCCGAAAGGUUGCUGAUGUUGGUGAGAAUCAAACACCUAAUCUUCACAGAAACCUUUGACAGGCACACAGGCAGGAGUACAGCAGAAACUUUAAGCCAUGCAGUGGGGAAUCCAACCCAUCAGGUGAAGGGAAUCCUGGGAGGAUCAGUUUUGUUUCCUGCCAAUGUAUCUCUAGGAAUAACAGUGGAGAAAAUUGAAUGGGACUUUCGGCCCCAAAGGCAUGGCAUAGACUAUUGGCUGGGGGAAUUCAGACAUGGGAAAUGGGCGUACCGAAGUCCCCCUGACCGGUUUGGACAACGGCUAGACUUGGUGGAAGGGACAACACUAAGGCUCAAAGACCUGGAGUUGGAUGAUGGUGGAAUCUACAAUACUCGCAUUUGGUUUACUAAGGCACAGUUUCAAGAACAGCGUUUCAGCCUCACUGUUUAUGAGUUGGUGCCAACACCACAGAUAGACCACCAUGUGGAAUCCAAGACUCCAGGUGGAUGUAAUGUAACCUUGCAAUGCCACACACCUGGAAGGAAAGAGCUCAAGGUCUCCUGGGAAACAGGGGUUCCUCACAGGGGCUUAGGAAAGGCUGUGAAUCAGUUCCAGGUUUCUGACAAUGGCAGGGAGCUCCGUGUCUUCUACUGGAACAGGUCUUUUGACUCCAAAUUCACCUGCGUGGUCAGCAAUCCUGUUGACCAAAAGAGAGCCUCAUUUGACUUGCUCAAAAUCUGCCAAAGUUAUGAAGGUGGACAGUUUGGACUCCUGAGUUGGAGUCCAUGGCUUAUCCCUUCCAUCAUAGUUAUUCUGGUGAUAAUGGUGAUGGCGAUGGCGAAUUGGAUGUGCUGGAAGAUCAUAUUUAAAAGGCUUAGAAGAGGUAUUCACUCUGUGAUGCAAAAGAAGGGGUAUAGUACUCUUACAUUCCAGAACUCAAAAAGGAGCAAACCAGAAGAUGGUGAUGAUGAGGUUGACUCAGACAGAGAGGAUUUCUCAAGCAGUUCCAAACUACCCAGGGGAUCCUUUCCUUCUCUCGGUUCUUAUGCAAUCUCAGAAACAGAGCCCUCAGAGGUUGAAUACUGCAUCCCACAGACCAACAUGGGAGAUCAGGCACAUCUCCUGGAGCCACUGCCAAGGAAUUCAUUAAAGGUUCCUCAGGGGAAAGAGCCAUUGAAGACCUCUCAAUGCUCCCAGUUGAGCCGGAACUACAGCCUGCCCAGCACCUUUGAACACUGGUCCCAAGAGUCCCUUGACCAUGCCAAAGAGCAACGCAACCAUUCUUGUCCAGUGAAUGCGGUUGGGGUCUCCUUGAGAGCAAGGAAGGUCAGGAAGAGGCCAGGUUUGUGGUCCUAUUAAAGCAGAAUGUGAGAACAACAAAGAACCAGCUUUGGUACAGAACCAAGGAUGGUUGUAAUGAAGGGGUUUUUUUUGGGGGGGGGUGUCUAUUUUCAAUAAUGCUGGGCACAGAAGACCCAUUUCUUCCAGAAAAGAGGAAGCUUAGUUACUCCCAGGAGCUUUUAAAGGCUGUCACUUGGUAUCAACAGAAUCCAUCCUGUUGGAAGGGGGACUGGGGUGACUACCAGAAAAAGGGAAAGUGAAGACCAAAAUGACUGAAAGCAAAGCUGUUCGUCUCCAGCAAGGGCAAUGGUGGUUUCUGCCCUGCCUUUGCUCCUGCUUUGGGGGGGGGGAGAGAGAGAGAGAGGUGGUAUUGUUCUGUGACUGCUGGUUCAAUACAGUGCAACCUCAGGUUAUGUUACCUUCAGGUAACGUAAUUUUCGGGUUGCGAAUGUGGCAAACCCGGAAGUGUAUUCUCCCAGGUUUUGCUGUGUGUGCAUGCCCAGAAAUAACGCCUCUGCUUACGAAAUGCGUAGAUUUGGGUGGGAGGGUCCCCACAAACCAUAACAAUGAAUAAAUGGCAGGGUUUUGAUUAAUUGGGAUAUGGAUUAAAGUACAGGCUGCAGGGCUGUGCCAGGCAGAGGAAAUCCUAGGCUAAAAGGUAAAGGUAAAGGACCCGAAACUGCAUUGUAUGGUUUGUUUGAGGAGCUUAAGAAGGGAAGACAGGCUUAUCUUUCUUCCAGUAUGAGACUGUAAAAUUGUACUUUCACUUUUACGCUGUGGAUUCUUCUGCUCUCAGAGCUGAGAGAGAGAGCACCAUGAUUGCUUGUCUGUAUAUUCUGUAAAUAAAUUUGUAGUUUAGAACCACAAUGUCUCUAACUUCUUGCUGUGUUGAGCCAGAAGGAUAGUGUGCUUACACCAGCUGGUGUAGGUCACUGGGAGAGCCCUGGAGAAGAAGGGGGUGCCUUUUCCAGAGUUACACUCACUGGAGUACGUCCAGAGGAAUGGGGGCUGCAGGCACCCCAAGGUGUUUUCUCCCAACACCCUGACAGUUAUGUCUAGUCGCAGAUGACUCUGGGGUUGCGGCGCUCAUCUCUCUUUACAGGCCGAAGGAGCUGGUGUUUUUCCACAGACAGCUUUCCGGGUCAUGUCGCCAGCAGGACUAACCGCUUCUGCUUCUGGUGCAAUGGAACAACGAAACCAGAGCACACACAGAAAUGCCAUUUACCUUCCCAGCAGAGUGGUACCUAUUUAUCUACUUGCACUUUGAUGUACUUUUGAACUGCUAGGUUGACAGGACCUGGGACCAAGCAACGGGAGCUCACCCCGUCACGGGGAUUCAAACUGCUGACCUUCUGAUCAGCAAGUCCAAGAGGCUCAGUGGUUUAGACCACAGUGCCACUCAGCUCAUGCCAAACAGCCUGCCUGAGCUAGGACCAUCAAGGAACAAUAGCAAAAAAUUGAGGGACAACACGGAGAAAUGUAAAGUACUACACUUGGGCAAAAAUAAUGAAAGGCACCAAUACAGGAUGGGAGACACCUGACUUGAGAGCAGUACAUGUGAAAAGGAUCUAGGAGUCUUGGUAGACCACAAACUGGACAUGAGUCAACAGUGUGAUGCAGCAGCUAAAAAAAGCCAAUGCAAUUCUGGGCUGCAUCAAUAGGAGUAUAGCAUCUAGAUCAAGGGAAGUAAUAGUACCACUGUAUUCUGCUCUGGUCAGACCUCACCUGGAGUACUGUGUCCAGUUCUGGGCACCACAGUUCAAGAAGGAUACUGACAAGCUGG